GUGGACCUGCAACCGAGAUGGGUGUUACAGUUUGAAAGCGAACCCAGCCUAGGAAGACACGCCCUCCGAGUCCCGGCAGCAGCGGGGACUCGGCCCCAGACUCAGAGGGUUCCCGCCGUCGCAAGACCGGCGUGGGGGUGGCUUUUCUCCGGCCGGCGACCUCGACAAUGAAAGGGGCCGCUGGAAGGCACUAGGGACCCAGUCGGCCUCCGCCCCGCCCCUACCUCGCUGAGCCAGCAGCUGUGUCCCCGCGUUCCGCCCCACUCGGCCGGGUCCGCCGAAGCGCAGCCUGCAUCUCCCAGGAGCCUCUUCGGCUGUCAGUUUUCGGCAGAGAAGUGACACCUGCGCUGAGGCGGCAGUUAAAGCACGAAUCGGCGUGGCCAGCGGCUGUGGGGCCCGGGCGGGAGGCGGGACUUCCGCUCCUCGGGUUACGUCAUCAGGAGGCGGAAGUGCAGCGGGGGCGGGAAGGUUGUAGAGCUGCACGUUGCGCUAGGUUUGCCUGCCUGGAAGUGGUCGCGCCCCCUUGGAGAGCGCGAUCCCACGGUGAGGCCGUCCCUGGCGCACUCGCGUCCCCGAUGAGCCUUCCUAACGGGACCGCGCUAGCUCUGCGCUUCAGCCCCGGGAGACGCCUGACCGUGUUCUGUUCAAAACCGACCUCCGUUUGCUCGCGCUUGUACUUUCCCGGGCUCCCUGGAGGCACCCUCAGCGCGCCGACAGCGCCCUUCGCUCUCAGCUUCCUGAGCAGUGUUGACGCCCUUUAAAGAGCGCGUUUGUUAACCGUUUGUGUGUGUGUGUGUGUGUGUGUGUGUGUGUGUGUGUGUGUUUUAGCAUGGUUGCUUGAAUGAGACUAUUAUUUUCCCACCGAGUAUGUGUUCCUAGAGGGCAGGAGUCCGAUGUUGCCUAUUUGGGAUCUCCCUUCUUUUUCCAUUUUAGCUCCCAGUGUGCACAGUUGUUGCUGGCUGCAUUUUGUAAGUGAAACGAGAGGCACCGUAGAUGAGUGAUUUUUUUUUUCUUCCUUCUACUGUGACCGUAUCGAUGUUAUCAAUUGAUUGAUAACGUUUGGUGCUAUUUGGCAGACAACCUAAUGACAUAUGAAAGACAGCAGUGCUCAAUGUUGAUAACAACGUCUGCAAGAAUAUUUAACCUUCACGCUGUAAUGAAAAACUCGAGCUUGCAGAGUUUGUGCUUUCAGUCUGUGUGCUUUUCAGGUUUAUGUUUCUGAAGAGAUGAAGAUGUGGCAGACGUUUCACUGUAGGAAGGCUAGCCGUUCCCCACCACUUUUCAUGUGUUAUUAAAGUAUGGUGCAUUUUGUAUGCAUGUACACGUGUUUUACAGGUGAUUGUAAAGUGCUGACCACUUGCCACUGAACAUAGUUGAAACAGAAAAUAGGAAGAUGGCAGCAAACCCUUCAGGACAAGACUUUCAUAAAGAGGCCUAAAAGUGAGAACUAAGAAAAUCUCCACUCCCAGAGAUUGACUGCGCAGGAUAGAGGUUUUCAAAACAAAAAUAGAGUUGCAAUCUUGGCAGAAUUGGACAAAGAGAAAAGAAAAUUACUAAUGCAGAACCAAUCUUCAACAAAUCAUCCUGGAGCUAGCAUCGCACUUUCGAGGCCCUCUCUUAAUAAGGACUUCCGGGAUCACGCUGAGCAGCAGCAUAUUGCCGCCCAGCAGAAGGCAGCGUUGCAGCAUGCACAUGCCCAUUCAUCUGGAUACUUCAUAACUCAAGACUCCGCAUUUGGGAAUCUUAUUCUUCCUGUUUUACCUCGCCUGGACCCAGAAUGAAAAAAUUAUUUGUAAUGACAUUGACUUUGUAAUAUCAAACGCCAAAGCUACUAUCGUUCAGUGCUAUACAAGCUGUGACUUUCAGAAUCGGUGAACUUAAUACUUUUUACUUCCUUAAAAGAAAGGUAUGUGUAAGUGAAAGCAAAAAAAAAAAGGUAACCAGGAUGAUGAGAGCUUUGGAAGCUGUAUUAUCUAAGGACUGAUUAUGCUACUGUGACUGUAACUUAUUUGUAAUGCAGUUUGAUUUUAAGGCUAAAUCAGACUCUGAAUUAGAUGGUCACAUAAACUCACUCCCCACCCCUAAGCCCCCAAAUAGUUGGACUGAGUACAUCAUGUCCACAAGAGACUUUUAAAAGCCAUUUAUAGUACUUUAAAGAAAUGAGGGUGCUUUUUAAAAUGUGAACCAAAAGGUUUAAAUAAGUUACAUUCAUAUUUGCUGUGCAUAGAAUUGGUAUCAGUGUACCUUUUGAGUUUAUAGUCAACAUGUCAUCCUGAAAUAUUCUUUAACUCAUAACUGUUCCUUAUUUUCAGUUUUAAAAGAAAACCCAAAACUAAGUUGCUAAAUGAAACAUCAUUUAUAAACCUAUGCCACUAUAAAUUAGGUGACAAAAUACUAUUAAAAAUAAAUAUAUGAAAUGUGGUGGUUUUAAAUUUUAUACAUGCUCUUAGUGUUAUUACAGUGGUGAACCUGCAUGGUUUUAUUGUCCGUUUUUGUUCUAAUUAGAAACGUGUGCAAGCUGGGCCCCUUUUUACUUCCUUUAAGAAGUUGGGUUAAGCAGUUUGUCAAUAUGACACAUCUUUAACAGAAUCUGGAGUGCUUGUUUAAAUAAGCAGUCCCUACAGCCUUACCCUAGUCCUAUAGAAUCAGAAAUCUCUUAAUUCAAAAUAAAGUCUGAAAACCAUGGGUUGGAGAAUUCAGUUUUCAUGAUAUAUGUUUAUAAAUUCAUAGAUCUGUAGGUCUCUGAAACUUAGAGAUCAUUUAGCUAAAAUCUACAUUAUUUUUACUUCUAAUAGUAUUCAAUUUAUUUUAUACUAUAUCACAGGUACAGUAUUUUAUAUACUGCUUAUAACUGACCUCAUCUUGGCUUUGAGUCCCCAUCCUCUCUAGUGGUAGGAUAAAAUUUAAACUUAAAUUUCCAGUUUGGGUCAGUAUUUAAUCAAAGUUCAUCUCCCUUUUCAAAAAGUUUCUUCUCCUUCCCUAGACAUUUGCACCAACCACAUAGCCCCAUCUUGCCCAAACUAAUUAAAGCAGAAGUGGACAAAAGAAUUGGCUGUGCCAUUUAGAUGCUUUCUCUUGAAAAUUUGAGUUGAUUUUCUUCAUUUGGGUGAGUUGGCAGCUGUCCCCAUUGUAAUGGUCACCAUUUCGGCAAAGGUGCCCUUACUCCUGCUGCUGAGCUCCCUGGGGGCUCGGGCUCCUGUCCUGCCUCAGGUCUCACCAGCUUCCUUUAAUGGUCCUCACUUUUUUGAAUGUGACUACGUUUCUGUUCUUUGUGAUACACGACCUACAUCCAUGGUUCUAAAUCUAUCUACUUGAUACUAGGGAGAUAGAAAAUUUGGAUUGUAGUUUUUAUACUAUCAAAGCCUCUACCUAAGGUGUGACUUUUAUAACUUAGGUCAAAGAGAUCUUUUUUCCAGGGAUAUCUUUUCUAGUGUCCUACCCUUUUAAAUAGAUGUUGCCUAAAUCAUGCACUCCUGGCUAGUAAACACUUUCUCCCCUGCUCCUUUAAAUCAUUUUCAAAUUCAACUCAAUUCCAUAGGUAUUGAUUAAAAUCUACUCUGUAAAAGCCUGUGCUUCGUGGAGGGGGGGUGGGUAUGAUGAGUGAUACCUGCUCUUAAAGAGUUCACAGUGGCAGAGCCUACUCUGGUGCCGCAGUAAUGCUAGCGGAAGUCAGAAUGCAGUGAGUCGCACGGGAGAGCAUCCUGGAGCCUGCAGCAGUCUAGAUAGGCCUAGAAGUACCGGCGUGGUUUUACCUGGCAAGGGAAGAGCUGCUCCAGAUCAAGAUUUCAUAAUCAGAGAAGCAGGAACUAAGGCACUUGUGAGGAGACAGAGGACGUGGGAAAGGGCAGCAGUGGACUCCGUCAGAAGCCCUGAGAUGAAGUUUCAUUAUUGCUUCCCUUGGAUUAUGGGUGAAUUUGCCUCACUCGCUUUAUCUCUCUACAUGUCACUCCAUCUGCAAUAUAGGAAGAGAACACACUUUGUCUACUUCAUUAGAGUGACAGAAUGUAGUAAUAGGAGGUUUUGUUCCUUGAAUCUUGUUUCUGAGUGUUUGUGUAUGUGUCUUACUUAUGGUGUUUAUUGUAUGUUCUAUCAGUAGAUAAGAUCUCUGAAGGCAAGAAUUUUUGUUUCCCUCCCUCUUUGUUUACUACUGUAUUCUGCUUAGAAUAGCAUUUGGUAUACAGUAGAUGGUCAGUACCUAUUUGUUGAAGGAAGGGAGAAAGGAAGGAAGGACUAUAUAUGACCUGGGUGGUGAUGUAAAGGGUAUUGUUCUUUUUUACUGUGUGUCAAGGUAAUAAAGUUUUGAAAGCCACUGCUACAUAAUACAGAUGAUAGUGCUUUGUAUGAUUCUGGAAUAAAAACUGAAAUGACACAGUUUCAAAGGCACAUAUUUUUUCCUGGACAAUCUAUAAGCUGUCUUAAGUUGUCUCAGUUCUUUGCUUCACUUUAGCAACAGAAUCUCUUAGUCAUCUACUCAGCAUUUAUUCUUCCUUUGCUCCUUCACCCUUCCCCAGUACAGCCAACGUGCUUCAGGGGAAGCUGACCGCCCAGCAACAGGAGUGGGCCUUACAUGCUCCUGACCAGUCAGGGAAUUCAUUCCCUUUUGCUGGUCAGCACAUGGUAUUUCACAGAUGCAGGAACUGGUUCAGCAUUGCACGUGUUACCCACAUUCAACCCAAAUGAGACUCCAGGAGAGGAUUGUUGGGUUUAUGGAAAAGACAUGUUCUCACAUUUCUGAGAACACUACCCAAAAGGUUUCUUUCUCUCUAGAUGUGUAAAGGCAGUGCAUGUAUAUACCUAUGCUGCCCCGCUUACCAUGGGGUUACGUGCCAAUAAACCCAUCAUAAGUUGAAAAAUCUAAGUAGAAAAUGCAUUUAACACAGCUAACCUACCAAAUAGCAUACCUUAGCCCAGCCUACCUUUAACAUGCUCAGCCCACAACAUCUAAAACACGCUGGCAAUACAGUGCAGUGCAUUGUUUCUUUGCCCUUGUGAUCGUGUGCCUGACUGGAGCUGACUCCCAUGACCGCCAUGCUGCAAGGAAGCCCAAGCUAAGCACGUGGAGAGGCCAUACGGUGGAGCACUGAGGUGCCAGACGUGAGUGAAGCCACUUUGGACCUUCCUUCUCAGCCCAGCCACCAGCUGAAUGCAGCCAAGCGAGUGACCCCAAUUGAUGCCAUCUAGAGCAGGAUUGCCCAGCUGAGCAGAAUUUCCACCGAAUUGUAAGAAAUAAUAAAUUGUUGCUGUUUUAAACCUCUA